AUGAAUAAAUAACUCAAGGAUUUCCUUAUAAAAGACUAAAUAUUCUCAAAUAAAAAAAGAGUCUAUCAUAAUGCUAUUAAACUGCAUCCAGAAAACGGUAUUUAAAUCAUGAUAUUUGUAUUUUAGGAGAAAAUGGAUAGUGUGUAAUUCAAGUAAUUUCUAAGCCACCAAUUAUUCCAUCUAUUUAAUAGAUGUUUAAAAAACUUUGUGGGGUUUCAAGUAGGAAUGUCAUUUAAUUCAUUGAUUUAAAAGAAUCUCCAACAAAUUACUAUUUUUUUAUGGAGUAAAUUAAUUAAGGAACUUUAGAUGAAAUAAUGACUACCUCAAUUAUUAACGAAGAUAAAGCUAAAUGUUACUUUAGAGAAAUCUUAAAUGGAUUAAAAUGUAUGAUUUUGUUUCAUAUAGCUUUGCAUGAGAAUCAAAUUACCUUUGUAGAUCUAAGUCCUAAAAAUAUAUUUUUUUUAAAUGAUGAAAUAAAAAUAGGAUAGAUAAAUAUCUUUAUUGAUGAAAUAGCCAAUAUGAAUAAUGAUCAGGAUUUUGAUUCUUUUGGAAUUGUAAAAGAAAUAAUUCCACCUGAAAUUCUACAAAAUCAAACCAAUUCUUCCAUGGUCUCUGAUUUAUAUUCUGCAAGUGUUAUCUAUUUUAAACUGCUAUAUAAGAGAUUUCCAUUUAAUGGUUCAACCAAAGAAGAAUUAAUUUAUAACAUCAAAGAAAAUAAUAUAGUAAUCAAAAUACUUACUUAAGGAUUUUUCCUGCAGUGAUUAAACUAUCAGUAAUGAGUCCAUAGAUUUUCUACAAAAAACUCUUAGAUUUGAUCCAAGUGAAAGAUUAAAUUGGUCUUAAGUUUAUUCGCAUCCUCUUUUAAAAUUACUUAAUAUAGCUAAUACUUUAAUUGUAUAAUCAACUCUAUUAUCUAUUUCUAUGAAUACAUUAAUCUAAAAAUCUGAUCUUGAGCCUAAGACUUUUGAUUGUGAAAAAAAUAGAUAAUUUUAUUAAGAUAUUGAAUAAAAAACUAUUUCUGGCAUUCAUUUAAAUGAAAAUUAAGCUAUCUAUAAUUAAAACAGUAAAUUUAAAAUCUUAUCAAUAUUUUAGAUUUAAAUGGAGAUCAAGAAUUACUUAAAAAAUAAUUAUGUAUUACCAAAGAUCUUUUUAAAGAUUAAAAAACUAAAAUAUUAAAAAAAUAAUUAGAUUAUUAUAUUGAAUAGAGGUAUGUCAAAAUUUAAUAUUUUAGAAAUAUUUAUUCUAGUUUAUCAUAAACUCUUAGUUAUGUGAGACUCUUUAAUACAGAAUUUGAAUCAACUACUUUAGAAUUUGUAAUUCUAAAACUCAUUUUUUUAAUUUCCCAAUCAUUACUUUAAUAAAUUUAUGAAAUUAGAUCAGUAGUCUAAUUUGAAUAAUCCCUCUCCUAAGAUUUAUAAGAAAAAUAUGAUAAUUUUUAGAAAAAAAUUGAUGAAGAACAUAAAAUUAUUGACUCAUUUUUUUCUAAAGCUUUGCAAUAAGCUAAAAUAAAUCUUGAAAAGUCCAAAAAAAAAUCAAAUUUUGAGGAAAUAAUUAAUAAAACAUCUUAAUAUACACUUUUUGAAUUGUUGAGAGAUUAAGCAAAAAUUUUUAUCUAAAAAAUACCCUCAUUUAAGGUAUAAAUUAAUUUAAUAAGAAUAUUCAAAAUGACAUUAAAUUACAAUAUGAAAUCAUUAUUCAAGUUUUAUUUAGCCUUGCUCUAGUUGUUUCGUAUUUAUUAAAAUGGAGCCCUUCAGAAAUCCUUAAAAAAUCUUCCAUUGAGUAUUUACAAGUAUUUAUUUAAAUCUUAAUUUAGUAUAUUAAUACUUAAUCUUAAGAAAUUUUACUUGAAGAAUAUAAAUAAAAAUAUGCUAGUAUUGAUUAAGCUUUUGAUAAAAUAUCAAGAAGCUCAAUUAAAUAGUUUUGA